AAAAACUCGUUGAGUUAUAAGUCCAUAAGCACCAUUGAACCAAAUACUUCAAAAUAUUUUAAAUUUUAAAAUAUACGUUUUUCUGGCAAAGUAAAGAUGGAUGGCACGAAAACAUCAAGCGCUGAGGAAACGGAAAACGCAGAAACUGCUAGUCAUGCUAAAAACAUUAACGAAAACGUAUCAAAAUUUUAUGAAACUAUUGGAAAUAUUUCCAGAAACAUGCGCAAGGACGAUUGGACAUAUCUACAACGCCAUCCAGAGAUCCGAGCCAUAAUUCGGGUCAUUACAGCCGAGGCGGUUAAGGCAAAGCCAUCGAAUAUCUACCAAUUUACAGCCAAUUUAUUUGGCAGCGAAAGAGACGAGGAGAUGGUGGAAAAGAUAAACAAGCAACUUAAGUGGUUGGAAGAGCAGUUGCGAGGGGGUAUGUGGAAUCCUAACGAAGGAUGUGCUCCGUUUCCAGAAUCCAGCGAGACUUCUUCAGAAACUAAGUGCCAAACUAAUUUUAAUGCCACUGAGAAUUUCAACAUACUCGAAAAGCCAGUUUGCCCUGAAAAUUAUAAGCCAGAUUGCAAGGAAUGUUAAAAAUGUGAACUUAAGAAAUUAAAAAAUUUAUAAAUAUAUGUAAUUACAUAUUUAAA